GUUGUUGGUCAUCUUCGGAAUCCGACAGUAGCCGCCUAUCGGUAAUCAGCAGUCGUCCAUCGGUAAGCCGCCUAUCGGUUGCCAGCAGUCGCCUAUCAGUUGCCAGCAGUCGCCUAUCAGUCGCCAGCAACCGCCUAUCAGUUGCAAGCAGUCGUCUAUCGGUUGUUAGUAGCAGAUCUCGACGUAGUAGUUUCAGUAGAUCAAUACAUGAAGCUUAUGGGCCAUGUUCUUUCUGGGAAUGGAUUCCAUAUGAAGGAUUUUCGGAUGUUCAGUAUUUAUCAAAAGGCGAAUUCGGAACAAUGUUUGUUGCAACUUGGGUGAAUGGGCCUAGAGAUUUGUGGGACGAUGACUUAAAACAGUAUGUCAGAAGAAAACAUUAUAAAGUUGCACUUAAAAGACUUGACAAAGAUAUUAUUAACUUAGAAGCCCAUGAAAUUUUUCAAACCAUUCAAUUAUGGGAUAAUUCACUAUUUAGAUCUAUAGACGAAAAGCUGUCAAGCAAUUCAAAAAGUUCCGAUGGAGAAGUCAAGGUUCAUCCUGAGGCUAUAUACACGAGUAGGCCACUUAGUGGAAUCAUCACACAAGGAUAUGGACUUGAGUUUACACUUCCUCAGGAUAAUUCACGCAAAUCUAUUCAUCUUGAAAAUUCUGAGACUCAAGAUAAAGACAAAAUUAGGGAGACGAUCUCGAAAAAGAGACGUAGUGACUUGGUUCUUAAACCAACUGCCGCACAGCGUAUUUCGGUCUCAAAUGAUAUCCCAACUAUUAAGGUACAUAAAUAUGAUUCAGAACCUUCAGACGAAGAGGAGGAUUAA